UAUUUGCGUAUAUAACAGAGAGAUAGAGACGACGUAGCAAAUGUCGCGAACAUUUUCAUUUUUCGAAUAAUCACACAAAGUACUGCCCUGCGUACGUACUCUGGGUCGGUUAUUUCUAAAGGAAGAAACGGUAAAAAGUGAAAACUUUAGUCCCUCGCUACGAUCGCAUUAUGCAAAUGCAGACUCGAGUCCGAGGUCGUACCAAACAUUUUCGUCAAACUGGAUUGUCCCUUUCCGGGGUUUCGCAGAAAGGGGCGGGGUGUAAUGAUGCGUUGCAACCGGAAAAAAGUUUGGUCGUAGCGCUUGGAUAUAAUCGAGUGAAUAUACACGUAUGAAGUACUCGUGACGCGCGCAAUAACGGAAAAAGAAUAAGUGAGGAAAGAGGAACGAAAGAAAAAUUUUGGAUCAGUCAGGGGCGACGCGUGGCUGCGGUUAAACAUGGAAGAAAAAAUGGAAGAAGAGGAGAGACGCGGCGCGAAAGAAGAAAGAAUGGCGGAGAAAAAAAAUUAUUUCAACGAAAAUUACAAAAACGAUAUCGACUACGUGGUGAAAAUAGCUCGUACUUUGCUCACUCCAAUAGGAAUUUAUCCUCUGUACGGGAAUGAUAGCUUUAUGGCUCGGAUAAUGGCUCGAUGUCAAACACUCGUUGUGUUUGGUUUAAUGUGUUUUCUACUCGCGCCCCAUUUCAUUUACACUUUCUUCGACGCCGAAGAUCUCAGCCGCUUGAUGAAAGUCAUUGCCGCUCAGAUUUUCAGCCUUCUCGCAAUAAUCAAAUUUUGGACAAUGAUUAUAAACAAAAACGACCUUCGCUACUGUCUCGAUGAAUUGGAGAAUCAUUGGCGCGAGGUAACCUGCGAAGAGGAUAGAACGGUUAUGACGGAGAGUGCAAAGAUCGGACGUCUGUGCACGAUUGCUUAUCUCGGCUUGUCCUACGGUGGCGCUUUACCUUAUCACAUCGUUUUGCCACUCGUUGCCGAUAGAAUUGUUAAGGACGACAACACCACGCAAAUACCAUUACCCUAUCCCAGCGACUAUGUUUUUUUCGUCCCAGAAGAUUCUCCCGGUUAUGAAAUGUUGUUCGUAUCACAAAUUCUCAUAAGCAGCAUCAUUUUAUCGACGAAUUGCGGUGUUUAUAGCCUCAUUGCUAUUUACGUUAUGCACGCCUGUUGCCUCUUUCAAGUGGUGCAACGACAACUCCGAGCUAUCUUCGAUUACUCCAAAACUCUUGAAGAAUUGACGCUGAGGCUUGCCGUUAUCGUAGAAAAUCAUAGCGCGGCGAUCAGAUACGCUCAAAGGAUCGAGAAAGCUUUAAACGUUGUUUUCCUUUCGGAAAUGGUCGGAUGUACCGUGAUUAUAUGUUUUCUUGAAUUUGGCGUCCUCAAGGAUUGGGAAGACAAAAAAAUGAUUGGUGUCAUGACUUAUGCCGUUCUCAUGACUUCCAUAUUCGUGAACGUUUUUAUUUUCUCUUUUACUGGCGAUCGGCUCAAAGAGCAGAGUGAAAAAGUUGGGGAAUGCAGUUACUGCAUCGAAUGGUAUGAUUUGCCAAAAGAUCUGGCCAACGAUCUUAUGUUCAUUAUGGUAAGAGCGAGUCGCCCGUCCAACUUAACUGCUGGCAAAGUAUUCGACUUGUCGCUUCAAGGUUUUUGCGAGGUUGUGAAAACUUCAGCAGCCUAUUUGAAUUUUCUGCGAGCCAUGGUGACCUAAGAAUUUACGUUUCGAUUAAUCUGUACGAAAUAGAUGUAAGAAUACGAUAGAAAUAACUUUUUCUUCACGCGAAUUGUACACAUUCAAUCGAAGUUUAGCAGUGUAUGGCGCAUAGUGCAGAAGCUUCGCGCGAUCCUGUGGCGGAGAAUGCUUUCGUUGUCGUUGAUAAUAAAACACGAAUAAACGUUCUUUUCACCAGGUGUCUUGCUAUUGUUUUUAUAUGAAAAGUGUGCGUUAUGCGGAGGAUCAGCGAAUAAGUUCGAACGCUCGCACAAAAACAUGAUGGACGUACCCUCGGAACAAUGUUCUCGUACCCUUUAUGCAUGACAGCGAGCAAUUAAUCCAGAGACAAGUUUUGGCAGGAAGUGAAUUUACUUUAUGAUGCGGGGAGCAGGCGAGCCAAAUCGCGAUAUCCUACUUUAUUCGAUGACCCAAUGAUUCACGCUUAAAACUUAGCAUUGAAAAGAAAAACGGUUUUUUUUGCAUGAUUUGAAUUUACGAUUAAAACCUUUCUCGGGUGGUCGGAUAUA